GACUGUUGGCCGCAGGGGCACCUUUGUCCCGCACCCUGGGCAGCUGGGAUCCUCGGGAAGCGCUCCACCCCCGGGGCUGGGAAACCCGGCGGCUGACGGUCCGCGGUCCCCCGGGCCCAGGCCCCGGGCUGCCCCGCCUGGUCUCCCCCGGCCACGCGCCGCGAGCCCGGGAUGCAGCUCUCCAACAGGGCGGCAGCCAGGGAAGCGGCGAGCCGCGACGUGCUGGCCGCGGACCUCCGCUGCAGCCUCUUCGCCUCGGCGCUGCAGAGCUACAAGCGGGACUCGGUGCUGCGGCCCUUCCCCGCCUCCUACGCCCGCCAGGACUGUAAGGACUUCGAGGCCCUGCUUGCAGAUGCUGGCAGGUUACCCAAUCUGAAGGAACUUCUCCAGUCCUCCAGAGACACAGACAAACAGGCUUGGGACCUGGUGAGCUGGAUUUUAUCCUCCAAGAUCCUGACAAUCCACAGCGCAGAGAAGGCAGAGUUCGAAAAGAUCCAGCAGCUGACUGGUGCCCCUCGCUCGCCGGUUCCCACCCCGGACUUCCUUUUUGAAAUCGAGUACUUUGACCCAGCCAACGCCCGAUUUUAUGAGACCAAAGGAGAACGAGACCUCAUCUAUGCCUUCCAUGGCAGCCGCCUAGAGAACUUCCACUCCAUCAUCCACAAUGGUCUACACUGUCACCUGAACAAGACAUCUUUGUUUGGGGAAGGGACCUACCUCACAAGUGACUUGAGCCUGGCCCUCAUUUACAGUCCUCACGGCCAUGGUUGGCAGCAUAGCCUCCUUGGACCAAUCCUUAGCUGUGUAGCCGUGUGUGAGGUCAUCGAUCAUCCAGAUGUCAAGUGCCAAACCAAGAAGAAGGAUUCCAAGGAGAUCGACCGCAGCAGAGCGAGAAUCAGGCACAGCGAAGGGGGAGAUGUCCCUCCCAAGUACUUUGUCGUCACCAACAACCAGCUUCUGCGAGUGAAGUACCUACUGGUGUAUUCCCAGAAGCAGCCCAAGAGGGCCUCCAGUCAGCUCUCCUGGCUGUCCAGCCAUUGGUUCAUGGUCAUGAUGUCCCUCUAUCUGCUGCUGCUGCUCAUUGUGAGUGUCACCAACUCCUCUGCUUUCCACCACUUCUGGAACCGAGUGAAGAGAUGAUGCCAGGCGCCUGGAGCGGGGGCCACUCACCAUGUGCCUUAUGGAAGCUUUGUCCUCCACCUCCUGCUUCUCAUAUCCAGCCAGGUCGAAUUUGGGGUCCGGUUGCAGGGGGUGCACAGGACAAUUUUCAUAUGCCAUAAAUGUACUGAUUGCCUUUGCUGGUGUGCCCAGUCACAGUCCAGUCAAUGGGUGCCCUCCCAUCUGCCUUUUCCCAAAUAGUCGAGGGAGGUGGCUCUCCAGCCAGGGCCAAAGGAAAAGUAACUCCUGCUGCGUUUAAAAGCAACGUGUCCAAGCUGUCCGUGGUGUUUACAAUCGCUCCAACGGAGGCUGGCCCUUUUUCUAAUGCCUCUUGGAAGGCAGAGUGUGUGCAAUGGGGGUGAUAAAUCAUUAGGCGGUUGCCUUGUUUUGACUCAAGACACCGGAGAGGGAGUUGUGCUUCUCAGAAGAACCCGUGGGAUCGUUUGGGGAUUCCAUCAGCUUUAUAGUCUGCGGGUGUCAAACAUUUGAACGGUUUUCUCAGAUCAACAAACGUUUUCUGCUACAGCUGUACCUCCUUCCCUUCUUAAUCACACAGAGAAGGAGCCACAGAGGGAUAACAAAAUGCAGACUUAACCACUAGCAACUCCGUCAUCGUUUUCUAAAAAUGACCAACUGCUGAUUACAGCUGAAAUGGAACCAAAUGUUUGUUCUCUGCUUUUGUUGCUGUUUGUUUUAAAGUAACUGUUUGACACUUAGCCUCUGUGAGCCGAAUAAAAGGAGAGAUGUCUAAGCCUAGAGCUCCACGUGGCCUGGGGCCACAGCCUCUUUCCUGGCUGUGUUAUAGAGAGAAGGAUCCAAGCCAUAGGCUCGCCAGGGUCCUCAUUCCCACGAAGCUGCCUUGAUCUACAACACUCUAGGCCUUCAGGGGCCCGGUGGUCUACAAGACAGACACCUGCCUCAGUUGGCCUCAUAUCUUCCUGCACUGAGUCUCCCUCAGAGGAGCUGUCAUCUUUGGGACUCAGUUUUAGUGUGUGAGCAGAGAACCCCAGCUGUGCAUCUGGGUUAUUUACCCCCUCCUUCCUGCCAGCCUUCAGCCAGGAAAGAACGCUGUGGAAUGGGAAUGAGGUCUCCACAGAGAAGGAGAAGAUCAUUUUCUACAAUUUGUAAAGUUUCUGAAAAAGCCACUAUUAAGUUUUUAAAUCAAAUCCUGGGUCAUUUAAAAAACAAUAAAGAUAUUUUCCUAAAUA